CACAUUUACUUUCACAUUUUGCAGUAACACAGGCCUUUACGGUUACGUAGCAAUAUCUUUAUGUACGUCAGAGCUAGAACAUAACAUCACAGUAAUACGAGUUUAGAGCUUAAAACUGCAUUCGAAUCCAAUCAAAAAACUCAACAGUCUAAGUUGCAACUGAAAUUUAACAACCGAGUAAUAAUUAUUUAUUGCUUACUUAAACAUUGACCAUUCAUCAUUUUGUUGCAUACUUCGAAUCGCAGUGUUUGAAAACUGUGCUUUAGCCAAAAAUUCAAACUAUCACGUGAAACGAGAUCCAAAAACUACCGAAACCGAAAUGGAUACUAGCCAACCCGAAGACAUCCCUCAGCACUUUCUGUGCCCCAUAACUCUCGCUGUUAUGAACGACCCGGUGAUUGACAACGACGGCGUCAGCUACGAACGCCAGGCGAUCUCCGAAUGGCUUAACGCCGGAAACUCAACCUCGCCUACCACCGGGAAGGAACUGACUGUCAACGAUCUUCGACCGAACAGGGCAUUACGAGAGGCAAUUGAGAAGCACCUUGGAGUGGAAGGAAUGGUACAUUCGCCUCCUCGCAGCACGGAGAGCAUGCCUGAAAGUGGAUCUGCUUCGCAACCACAGACAACUUUGACCGGAAUGGUAAUUGAUCAAGCAUCCAGCUCCCAAGUGUCUGUGGAACUUGACUUCAACAUGAAAUACGACGGACAUAACAUGCUCAUCUCCAUCGAGCCUCCCGAAUCAACACAGUGCGUUAGGAGCUCUAUCUGCUGUGUUGUUGACGUCUCUGGAUCUAUGGGAACCGAAGCCACAAUUCAAAACGAGAAGGGCGAAACUGAGACGUUUGGAUUGUCAGUUCUCGACGUCACUAAACAUGCGUUGAAGACCAUCGUCAAAAGUCUCACCCCUCAAGAUGAAUUCUCAUUGGUCACUUUUUGCAGCACAGUUUCAGUCGAGUUGGAACCGAGACUUAUGACGCCAGCUGCAGUUGAAAAUACUUUGGAGAGGAUUGACGGGCUGUGUGAACACGACAUGACUAAUUUGUGGGGAGGACUGAAGAAAGGGUUAGAACUUCUGACUGAAAGCAGACCAAAGACCGACAACGUGGCACUGUUUCUCUUAACAGACGGACUGCCAAACAUUGGACCAGCAAAGGGCGAGUCUAAGACCCUUGAAGACUUCAAAAAGAACAACAAAGGUCUGCCCGGUCGCAUCCACACUUUCGGCUUCGGAUACAGCAUGAACAGUGUCAUGCUCUCGGAAGUUUCCUCAAUUGGAGGCGGACUUUAUUCCUUCAUUCCCGACUGCUCAUUUGUCGGAACUGUCUUCGUGAAUGCUGUUGCAAACCAUAUUACUACUGCGGCUUAUAACUUGACUCUCGAGGUCAACGGAAAAAACGUGGUAAUUGAGAAGGGCGAUCACUUGGCCUACGGUCCGCAAGCCGAUGAUAAGAGUCUUGCGAUUUCGUUCGGAUCGAUUCAAUUCGGCCAGACUAAGGACGUCGUGUUUCCACUCAAGAAAGUCAAAGGUUUGCUGGGUCAAAGUAAGCCUUCAUUGGAUGUAACAUUGAAAUACUACACUGGAGGAAAUAAGAAAACGUUGGAAAAGAGCUACGACUGGGACAGACAACUUGAACAGAGCGAAGAUAUCCAGUACCAAAGAAUGCGCCUCGCACUUGUCAAGGGUAUCCAAGACGUCCUAGACGUCAGCGGGCUCACGUUCCAGAGCCAUAAUUUCACUGCACGGGAGCUGAAUAACAAGGGCCGCAAAAGACUUGGAACUCUUGAGAAGCGACUGAAGGAGCUCGUGGAUAAGAAUGAGCCAAGGUCAACUGACCUUCUGAAAGACUUGACAGGACAGAUAGCGGAGGCCUUUUCCAAAGACGAGUGGUUCUUCAGAUGGGGCGCCCAUUUCUGCCUGUCAAUCACACUGGCUCAUUUGCACCAGAUCUGCAACAACUUCAAGGACCCCGGAGUCCAACACUACAGCAGUGAGCUUUUCAGCGAAACGCGCGAUAAACUGGAUGAAAUUUUCAUCACGCUUCCAGCUCCCAAACCUUCUGCUAGAACCAGCUACGGAGGAUCCAACUACAGGGCAGCACCUGUAAACAUGAGUUCAUUUAUGAACUUUAAUUCGGGUUGCUUUCUGGGCUCCAGCUUGGUCCAUAUGGCUGGUCAAAAAUUCCGAAGGGCUGACCAGAUAAAGAAAGGUGACAAAGUAUUCACAGGCGCCGGUCUAAUUGAUGAGGUAGAAUGCGUGUUAAAGACUUGUUACGACGACGACGAACCUCAACUUCUGUAUCGAAUUAAUGAGAACCUCGUCGCCACUGCUUGGCACCCUGUAAAAAACGAGGCCGGUCAAUGGACAUUUCCAGCUGAAUCGAGCUCAGCGAAGGCCAUCACAGUCUACACAGAAGGCGUGUACACUUUCCUGCUCAAAAACAGAGGUACUAUUUUACUCGGUGACACUGAAUGCGCAACUCUUGCUCAUGGUCUGCAAGGUGAAGUGAUUGAACACGAGUUUCUGGGAACUGAGAUUGUGGCAGCUGAUUUGAAACGAUUCGAUCAGUUCCAAUCUGGACUGGUAGAAGUGACACAAGAAGCGUUCCAGAGGAAUCCAGAUACCGGAAGAAUCAAUGCUAUCAGGAUGAAUUAAUUCAUCCGCUUCAAAGACAAAUCGCUUCCUAAGAUGUAUUUUUGCCACAAGUAAUACUAUUAAUAAACUUUCAUCUCAAUUUUCGAGAAAAUUACAGAGCGCAGAUAUCAACGU